UACACCCACCAAUUUCUAUCUCUUGCAUAAACUCAAAGCAGAAGAAAAAAGAGAAAGAAAAAGAAAAAACAGAGCAAAAAAAAAAAAAAGAGAGAGAAAUUCUGGAAAGCGCUUGUUCUAGGGAUUCGUAUUUGUAAUGUUUUUCAAUAAUUAUUCAAUCUUAAUAUUACAGCUAGUACCCGAUCUUGUCCUGUUAUUUGUUUUUUCUUUUCUCUCACGCUAUUGAAGUACAAGAAGAAGUAGCAGAAUCUUGGAUCAUAUGAGAAGCUACUUGCCCUGGUUGAUAUAUAAUUUGCGUGGAAGUCUGUAAAUUUUGGAGAAAAGUUUUAGGUUUUGAUUAGGUGUAGUGUGAUUGGAAACAUGGGUUAUAUUUGUGAUUUCUGUGGGGAUCAAAGGUCAAUGGUAUAUUGCCGGUCUGAUGCUGCUUGUUUAUGUUUGUCAUGUGAUCGAAAUGUUCAUUCUGCUAAUGCACUGUCAAAACGCCAUUCAAGAACAUUGUUAUGUGAAAGAUGCAAUUCGCAACCUGCAUUUGUUAGAUGUGCAGAAGAAAGGAUUUCCCUAUGUCAGAACUGUGAUUGGAUGGGUCACAGUACCUCUACCUCGAAUUCGACGCAUAAGAGGCAAACGAUUAAUUGUUACUCUGGUUGCCCAUCAGCUGCAGAACUUUCUUCAAUAUGGUCAUUUGUUUUGGAAUCCCCUUCAGCAGGCGAAUCUGCUUGUGAGCAGAAAUUGGGUCUGAUGAGCAUCACUGGGAACACAGAGAAGACUUCCUGGGGCCUUACAGAAAACAACAUUAGCCAGAAUGGUACUGGUGUUGCAGAGGUGAAUGAUGACCUCGAUGCAGAUAAGGGGAGUAGUUGGGGUGGAUCUUCAUCAGUUCCUGAACUCAGAUCUGCACCACAACUUCUGGAUCAGCCAGCUGGAUCAACAGAUUUAUUGCCCAAGUUAUGUUGCCCUCAAACAAAGUGUCCUGGACUUUGUGAAGAUGAUCUCUAUGAUGACUUCAACAUGGAUGAAGUUGAUUUGAACCUUGAAAACUAUGAAGAACUCUUUGGGGUUACACUCAAUCAUUCAGAAGAACUUUUUGAGAAUGGUGGAAUCGAUAGCUUAUUUGGGACGAAGGAUAUGUCUGCUGCUGAUUCCAAUUGUCAGGAUGCAGUGGCUGCUGAGGGAUCAUCUGUUGGAUUGGUCAAUGCCAUCCAGCCAGCAUGCAGCAAUGCAGCAUCUGCUGAUUCCAUGAUGAGCAAUAAAACCGAUUCAAUUCUUUGUUUUACGGCAAGGCAGGCCCAUUCAAGCCUCUCAUUUUCGGGCCUUACUGGAGACAGUAGUGCAGGAGAUUACCAAGAUUGUGGGGCUUCAUCAAUGCUUCUCAUGGGAGAGCCUCCGUGGUGUCCUCCAUGUACUGAGAACUCCUUCUCAUCAGCAACUCGAAGUGAUGCUGUCAUGCGUUACAAGGAAAAGAAGAAGACACGGAAGUUUGAGAAGCGAGUGAGAUAUGCCUCUCGGAAAGCAAGGGCUGAUGUGAGAAAGCGUGUGAAGGGGCGCUUUGUUAAAGCUGGUGAUGCCUAUGAUUAUGAUCCAUUGAACCAAACCAGAAGCUGCUGAGAGUACAAUUUUUUAACCAUGCUUAGAAAAAAGGAAAGAAUCACAAGAUGUUAGUUGGAAAGAAUUGGUUAUUGUUACCUAAAAUGGUGAAAUUGUUGAUGCUCUUAUGUGUUUUUUUAACUAGUUAAAUGACAGUCUGUAUGGUUGAAUCACAGGGCUCCAGGUUUUUAUGAGGAGAAGCUGGAUAUAAAAAUGCCAUGAAUAAAUCACCAAGGCCUGGUUCUCCAUUACCAUAAAAGAUUGAUGGAUCAGGACAUCAUUUGGCAAGAUCUGCCUUCGAUUGCCUGCCGUUGCUGCUGAGACUUUGGUUUCCACUUGCCAUUACUUUUGAGCAAAAGCUCACCUGCUCAAUUCGUUUUUAACUAGGGAAAGGAGAAUGCUUAUUGGUCGUCCAGCCAUAUUUAUGCUCAGUGUUGGUUAUGUUGACAAUUAUGUAUCUUCAGCUCUUCUAUAAAAGCUGCUGCUGUAAUGACAUGCGAAGAAGCCCAGCUAACAAUUGUCAAAGACGCCAGCAAAAACAUGCAGCUGUAACUUUGGUCUUAGUUUUUUUAUGUUGACAUGUAUAGCAUAGAUCUAUAUGUGCAGUUGAGAGAGUUACAUGUCUGCCCUGCCCGAGUAACAGUUGCUAGGUCAGGCAAGAAACAUGCGGUUGUAAUAUUUCCUUCCUCUUGCGGUGGACGUGUACAGCACAGGGUAAGCAUAUGCACUUAGGAUGAAAUUGUGUGUAAUAACUUAUACAAAAUACAUUCUCUAUAUUCUUUUACCCCCCUACACUGAAUGUGAAAAGAUUUCAAGGAUA